UCGGCCACUGCGCAACGAUGGAGCUCUCGCAGCGAUGGAGAUGACGCAAACAGCCUGUGCUCUCCGAAAAAGUGUUUCCAGGCGAACAUGGCGGAAACUUAGUCGCGCUCCAAGAUGACAACGGCCAGCCGCGGACGGGAUUCAAGGCUUCACGCUCGGCUUCCAGGUAGCGACGAGACCGGCCAGUGUGGGCCGGCCGCUUCACUUUAGUGAGAGAGAGCACAAUCUGCGGCAGACGCCCCAGCAGCAGCAGCAGCAGCAGCAGCAGUAGAAGCAGAAACAUCAUCACAGGAGACGAGAGAGACGAAGGGAGGACACCCGGGAAAGGGAGGGAGGAAGGAAGGAAGGAAAGGAAAGGAGGAAGGACGGCAGGCAGGCAGGGACGGGCGGACGCGGCAUGCGGUCAAAGAGGACGCCGUCCCCCCGCGGGGAGCCACGGAGGAUGCGGCAAGCUUAAUCCGCGCGGGCGGGUUUACUGGACCGGAAUAGCACCGAUUGCUGCGGGCGCCAAUCUAGCAGCGCCCUGCACCGGCGGAGGCAACGGCACCCCGAGGAGAACCGAGCCGAGUCCACCUAAGUCAAUGAGUAUUGAGACAGAGCAGCCCCCGCGGUGGAGUCGGCCAGGGCAGCACUCUCCUAAAAUAUGACCAGGGGUGCUUGGAUGCGUCGACAGCAUGACGAAGGCGUAAAAUACUGGUUCGCACCCCGAGGGACCGAGAAGCCAUCCACCGAGUCGGAGCGAGCCCAGAGAUGGCGACUGUCGCUGGCCUCGCUGCUCUUCAUCACCGUCCUGCUCUCGGAUCACCUGUGGUUCUGCGCCGAGGCCACGCUCACCCGCACCAGGGACAAGCGGAGCUCGGGCCCGGAGGAGCUCGGGAUUAGAGAGACGGGCGAGCAGCCUCACUCCCUCCAUUGGCUCCCACCGGCGCCACCAUCACCACCACCACCAUCAUCCCCAUCUCCACCACCACCGCCUGACCCCCAUCACCAUCACCACUACAACGCCAGAGAGCAAGAUGCUAUUUUUCUAGGGAAUUCUACCGAACCUCUGUGGCGGAUGGACACCUGUCACCCGGACAGCGUGUCCAAAGACUGCUUUACUUUCACGGACGCGGACACCGUGUGCCUGGGCCUCGCAGGGGGAGAUGGGACGCAGUUGGCGUACGUGAACCUGAGCGAUUUGUACCUUUCUUUUUGUAAUUCCUACUCACUUUUGGAUUUGUUUUACGGGUUUACGAGACCACGCGACAUGAAUUGCACCCUGGAUAUGGCCAUGGGGGCGGACGCGCCGGGAUGUGGCGAUUGCGUCCGGGCUUACCAGCUCCUUGACCAGCAGGCGGAGGACAACUACCGGGAGUUCGAGCUCUUGGUGCGCAAAUACGAGACGACCGCGUACUCGGUUCGAUCGUGCAUGGAGGAAUGCAAGUUGGCGUACAAGCCAUGGCUGUGUUCUCACUACUUCCAGACCUCCCAGUUGCACUGCACUAAGAGAAUCCCCUGUAGUCAUUACUGCCUGGAGGUGCAGAAGCGGUGCCCCUUUAUCCUGCCCGACAAUGACGAUCUCAUUCACGGAGGCAGCCCCAGUUUUAUAUGUACAGGGUUGCUGCAGGACCAUCCAUCAGGGGUGGACCCCAAGGCAGAGUGCUGCGACGUGCGGUGGGACUGGAAAGUGGACACCCCCUCCCGGGGGACGCUGAAAAGAACUCACCCGUCGUGCCAGCACCGAACCUCCCUCAGCUCCUCGGCAGCGUGCAGACUGUGUAACAGCCGGCUCAAACUCUGCCUGCUGGUGCUCGUCCUCCUCGCCAGCCUCACUGCAUCCCACAAUGCAACGGGCUUGGGCCUCCCCGCCAUCGCGCCUCUGGAGGAGAGCCCUGCCAAUGAGGAGUGACGGAGCCGUUCGGAGGACGUGAGGUU